AUGUCAUGCACGAAAUGUUUGUUGGAUGUCAAGGGUGGUGAAUAUUGGGUUUGUGAUGGUUGUAAUCAGAAUAUUCAUCAUCAAUGUGCCAAUCUGACAGCAUCAGAAAUCAGGGUGUUGGAGUUAAAGGGUAGAAGAGUCCUUCAACUUUUUUGCGAAUCCUGUCAGGAGGGUAUUAAAAUGAUUCCUAUGAUGAAGAAGCAAAUCAGUUCUCUUGAACAAAAGGUGGAACAACUUAUUGAUAAAAUUAGCUCACUAGAACUGCCUAGAGAUAACAAAGCCACAGAUCUUGACACCAUCAUCCAGGAACUGGAGAAACGUAAAUUCCGUGAAAAUAAUAUUAUUUUUUAUAACCUCCAUGAAACCAACUCUAGCACAGCACCAGCAAGAAUUGAAAAAGAUAUGAAGAAAGUUAAACAAACUUUACGCGUGAUCAAUCCCAAUAUUCAAGUUAAAAAAGUCAUUAGACUUGGUAAUAUCAAGAAUAAUAUGUCACGUCCACUUAAAGUAGUCCUUGAAAAUAAGAAUGUAGCACUAUUAAUUUUAAAAAAUAAAAAUAAACUUGCUGCAUCCAAUAUUAAGAUUAGCUCCGAUUCCACCUAUCUACAGAGAAAAUACCUUCGUGAACUUCGUACUAAUUUGGCAGAAAGGGUUUCAAAAGGACUAAGAGAACAACGACGUUCUACAGAACCAACUGAUGGAGCACUUAGAGCAUCGACUGGUCCAUGGCUGUACAUAUUGCUAGCAGCAGGGUCAACUUUUAUGAUAGCAGCAGCCAUAGGAGCAAUAAUAUAUGCAGUAAGAAAAUUUAAGGUUGAUAGUCCUGUUCGAAAUCCACGUGUAAGAAGUCCUAAGAUUGAAGAGAGUCCUUUAACUGCUCAUGUACAGCCCCUCUACACUGACACAGUGUCGGAUGAUAACAAUCCGGAUUUAAUUCCAGAUGCGCCAAAUAGUGAAGCUCUGCUUGACGCAUCUCUCACCCCGUAUACGAUUACGGCCCGCCCCUCGAGUAAGCGAAACUGUGCUACUCAAAUGCCCGUGAAGCCCUACCACGUAACGUGGGCACCCAUCCUACAGUCUCGAAACUGUUCUACCCAAACCCCACCGCCGCACAAGGAGAGCUCAGUCUAGUCUUCGGAGACUCCCCCGGGAUCCGCUCAGUGUCCCAGGGGAGAAAAGACCCCAGGAGUUGUAGCACAAGGUUUUUGGGGCCCAGGGUGUAUUUUUAUCGUUGAUGGCCCUGCUAGUCGGACAGGCGACGGGCCUUGUCUCCCCAAUCAGAAGUCUCGGCACCGGGACCAAUACCACCUGUGAUAUUUGUGAAUAUCUCAUAUUUUUAAGUAUUACUAAUUGUAACAUUUAUCAAGAAACUCGACGUUUUAAGCUGUUAUUUAUUUGAUUGUCAAUAAAAUAUCAUUACACGUG